AGCUGUGUUCAAAUGUGCUAGUUUCCAGCCUCCACACACAAUAUGGCGUCGAAAAGUGUCUUGAAUUUGCCGGUACUAAGAAAUGUCAUGCAGAGGCCAGUUCUAGGCAGAAUAUGUGGUAGUUGCUAUCCAGGCUUGGAAACACAGCCAACCAUGCUUGCUCCGUUUGCUGUUAGGUUUGCAUUUCAACCGAAAGCCAAGUUAAAACGCAAGGCAGCUGAAGUUCCUGGCUACAGAAUUGGUGUGACGAAAGCAUGGGACUCCUGGCAUACAGGGAGUAUCGCUGGAAGUUCUGAGGCAUCGGCAAGGCUGCUGGAUGACAUUAUGAUAAGGAAGUUUAUUGAAGGAGUAUUUUAUGAUCUCCUGCAUUCAGACAUUGUGAUAAAAAGACGAGACAACCAAAUACUCAUUGCUUUCUACGCUGCAUCAAUGCAGGGUUCCAUAAAGAUAUACUUUCUUGUUGGCUUCUGUGAAAGACUGUUGAGUGAACUGUUUGGGUGCAUUGUAAAAUUAGAGGUUGUUUCAAAGCUGGUCAGAAUAAAGUCUCCAAAAUAACACAUUUGUAAGCGAAUGUAUCAAUCAUGUACAUAUAUAUCAUUUGCCUUAUAUGGCAAGCGCCAUACGCACUCCAGUGGAAUCUAAGAUCUGAAGCUGAUUCAGCAAUUUAAUUAAAAAGAAUAUUGUAA